AUGACCAAAAUGGAGAAGGAGAGUAAUCUUCAAGUUACCUUCUCGAAGAGAAGAACUGGAGUGUUCAAGAAAUGUAGUGAACCCACCACUCUUUGCGGAGUCCAGAUGUUAACCAUUAUUUUCUCUCUUGGACUGAAAGUAUUUACUUUCAGUCACCCAUCUGUAGACGAGAUAUUAAACCGAAUUAUGGGUAUUAAUGAUGCAUCCUCUUCAAUGGGGCUUUCCCGUGAGACUCGACAACGAUUGGAGUCUCAACAAUUGUCCAACGUGCAAGAUUUGAAUAAUCAAAUCAUGCAUGUUCAAGAGCAGUUGGAGGUUGCAAAGCAGCGCGGAAAAGUGAUAGCUCAAGCCUUACAAGCUGGACGGGAACAAAGGUGGUGGGAGAGAUCUAUGGAAAAUAUGACAUAUCCACAACUUGACUCCAUUAACAUCCCUCAAAGCACUCGAGGUGUUAUGGGUGGCCCUAGUCCAAGUUCAAUGGGACCUCAUCAAGCUAUGGGUGGAAGCAACAACUUUGGCGGUGGAUAUUAA